UCUCGCGAGAAUUCUGAAACAGCAAUGCGCCUGCUGAGUGGUAGUACACAGCAACGAGCGAGAGACUGGACCAGGCAGUUGGAAGCGAGAGGCUGUUUGUAGCUAGUCGGACGCACCGUCGGGGGCGGGGCCUUGAGCAGCGCUUAUUCGGGUUCGCAUUUCGUGAGGGAAUCCGAAGAGUUCCUUACACUUCUCCUAAAUUGCGAUUUCGUGUUCUGUUUCCUGCACUUGCAGCUGGUGUCUUCCCGUGUCAUAGCUUCUCCUCCUCUUUUUUCUACCCACUUUGUGGAAAAUAGAGCCUGAAACGGAGGAAGAGCUAAGAAGUGCCCACCCCUUUCGGUCGGGCUUGUGCGCGGGGUUCUUGAACCACAUCUCUGGACAGUCAGUCCCUGUCAAUUCCAAGUGCUCGUGGAAUACGGAAAAGUGUCUUGGGAGGUAACUACUUCUCGAGGCUACCCAGAAAGCAGCCUGGAAGUGAAAGGUCUAGCAAAGCGAUCCUAAUGUCUUCUAGUGAAUUUAAGGUUCUCUCACAAGAUGAGUUCCGGAAAAGACUGUAUCAGACAUUUAAGAACCGAGGUGUUUUGGACACACUUAAGACACAGCUUCGAAACCAGCUCAUACAUGAACUAAUGAAUCCAAUUGUAAGUGGAGAAAUUCAGCCACAAGCUAUUUCUAGUGAAUGCAGUUCAUUGCUAAUUGUAGCUUCUAACAGUCUGGUGGCAGAUCACCUGCACAGAUGUGGCUAUGAAUAUUCAUUGUCUGUCUUCUAUCCGGAAAGUGGAUUAGAAAAGGAUAAGAUACUUACCAUGCAAGAUCUAUUGCAGCUGAUUAGGAUCAAUCCGAAGACUGACCUUUACAAAGCACUGACUUCAGCAUCAAAAAAUGAUAAUUCAAAAGGCUUUCUUGUACAGAUUUUAACAGAGCUGAUAGAACAUAGUCUCUGUAAGGAGAGGUGUGACACAGAAACUCAGACAAGUCCUGCACCCUGUAAAGAAUCUCUUGCUGAGAAACUUCAACUGAUUGAUGAACAGUUUGCAGACAUGUAUCCACAGCGCCAUAAAUUUGAGUCCUUUCAAGUAAAACUUGCUGAAUAUAGAAAAGAAAUAGAACAGCAGCUUCAAGCGGAAAUGUCUCAAAAGUUACAACACUUCAAAGAGGUUGAAAUAGCCAAAAUUAAGAUGGACGAGAGAGCGCAAUCCAAGAAUGAGAUUUCAGAAAUUCGUAGGGAUUUUGAAAAAGUGUACCGAGCUAAGUCAGAGGCUCUAACAUCUCGUGAAAGAAAUGCUAUUGAGAGACUUCAGAAACAGCAAGAGAUUGAUGCAAGAGAAAUUUAUCUGCAAAGACAAAGCUUGCUGAAAGAUAUUGAAACAAUAAGGUCCCGAGAGGCAGAACUGAAGCAGAGAAUAGAAUCUUUUGAACUAGCUCAAAAACUUCAAGAAUCAAAAAAUAAAACUAUUGAAGAGGCACUUUGUCGUCGAGAGGUAACUGUGAAGAACAUUGAGGAGACUUACGACCAGAAGCUAAAGAACGAACUUCUAAAGUAUCAGCUUGAACUAAAGGAAGAAUACAUAGCCAGAACCAAGAAGAUUACUGAAGAUGAGAAAAAAAAUAAAGAUAAAGCUAUGCUUUUGCAUGAAGAGACCAUUUGUAUUAAUUCAAAAAAGCAAGAAUUUGAACAAGCGGUAUUGCGAGCAAAAGAGCUUGAGCGGGAAAUAGAUUCAGUCAAGGCUCAAAUUUUAUUACUAAGCAAGCAAAAUCAGUUGUUGACGGAAAAACUGGAAGAAGUUUCAGAUUAUCCCAUGUUAAAAGAGGAGAAAAUGGAGUUUCAGAUGCAGAAUAAGCUACUGAGGCAACAGAUGGAGGAGGCGCGGAACGAAAACUUAAAACUCAGAGACAAGUUGAGUCGACCGUCUUCUGAAUAUUUGGUCCUUCAAGCAGAGUUGAAAAGAGCAGAACAUGCUAGGAAGCUUGAAUGUGAAGAGUCUGAAACUCAUAAGCUGCUCUUGGAAAAGCAGUUACAAAAUGAGGUUGAUCAUUGUGUACAGCUAAAAUCUCAGUUGUCAGAAUGUGAAAAUACUAUCAGGAAAUUAAAUGCACAGAUGGAAGACCUGAAGUUACAACUGAAACAGACUCAAACAGCACUAGAGAAUGAAGUGUAUCGGAAUCCUAAGCCCUCUUUGGUUGAUCGUUCUGUCAUUGACUUGAUUGGUGACAGGAUUGUACCACAUGAUGUUUAUAUAGAUGGUGCUUUCCUGAAAACUCAGCCAGUGAACAAUAUUAUUGGACUAGAAAAUGCUACGAGUCCCAGUCGUCGUCAUCAUCACAUACUGAAAUCCAGCACUUCACCGGAUUCUGAUUUAGAAUUUGUAGCGAAUACAAAGGCUAGGAUAAAGGAAUUAGAGAGAGAAGCUGAAUGUUUAGAAGAGGCCUACAAGAAUUACCAACACAGAGCCAUUCAAAGCACAGUUGGCUCAGCAAAGGCCGCAUUCUCUUCACCUUUGCCAAAUAACUUUACUGUGGCAUCUCGCCAAAGACUUUGGUUUCCACAGGAUGAUUUAUAUUCCCAAGAAUUUCCCUUUCACUGUCAAAAAAGUAAAAGCUAUAAUUGGAUACCAGGAAAUGAGGAUCACUUGAAAGAUCAUCUAACCCCCCCACAAAAGAGAGCUGCUUCUUCUAGACGUCUGUCUUCUACUCCUGUUUCUAAAGCAAAGAGAAACAUUACUAAAAGGCUGUUUUCUGAAGCAGAUACUGUUGACUCAUCCUUUGCUGCCCCUCAUCAGAAUGCAGAUCAUCCUGUUUCCCCUAUUCUGAAAACAGGCAACCUUUCAUCUCCUGAACCUUCUUCUAAUAUAUCGGCUUCUUCCCCAGCCCUCAGCAUACAAAAGUUAAGUCUUCAUCAGGAACAAGGUGAAAAUCUGGAUGUUAGUGACUCUGCAAAACCUGAGGAGCUCUUGUAUAAAGACCUUGGAAAUGAUGACUCUGCUGGUAAAUAUCAAGAGGACAUUCCAGAACAGUUCGAAAGCGAUGUGUCACAUCCAUCUCACAUUGUUAAUGAGAGCUAUGUUCCAGCCACUGUGCUAGCAACAGGCACUUCACAGCACGACAUCAGUGGAGCAGAAAUAACAGCCUUGGAGAGACAAAAACAGCCUGAAGAACAGGAAAAAGAGGAGGAGGAGCAAAAAUGGGAAGAAGAAAAGAACAAUAGAGAAAUAGAGGGAGAGGCAGGAAGAGAGAGCAAGGAAGCUUUGGAAAGCAAGCAAGGAGAACUGGAAGAAAUGAAUGAAGAAUUGUGUGUUCAAGAGUCAGUGGAAACUGAGAAAAAGCAAAAGGAAGUGACAAAUUUGGAAACCAGUGUAUCGAAGUCUGACGAGCAUGGCAGUGAUGCUAUUCCUAAUCCACUGGAAAAAUACAUGAAAAUAAUACAGCAGAAUCGAGAGGAAGAGCUUGCAAACAAGGACUUCAAGAAAGAAGAAAUGGAAAUAUCAUCUGAGAGACACGCAAAUAGUGAAAAGGAGGACAGCUUUAGUGCUGCAGCCACCCUUCAUGGAGAGCCUGAUGAUGAUUUCUGGUGAACAUUGAUUAGCAGUGGCUACUGGACCAGAAAAAUGGGGUUCCAUUUCAUAAGAGAAAGCACCACACUACAGAAAUUGAUUGUGAACAACACUGGAAUAGUUCUACCUGCAUCAUUAAUGAAGACUGGCACAAAGUUUUUAUCAGCGCUAGAAGAGCUUUUGAGACUAACAACAUUUCAAAGAAUAGCUGCCUACCUGACCAACUGAUUUCACAUGUCCAAAAUAUGCCACAGCAUGAAGUUAGCGGGGGGGGGCAGUUGGCAGGGGUCAAGGGGAGGAUAAUAAAAUCAGAUUGGUUUAUUUUACAAGAUAACAUCUUGUAAUUAGAGCAGCAGUUAAAGAACAUUCUGGAUUUCUGUUUAAUUUUAAAAAAAUAUAUUAUUCCAGAGUUCACGUUACAGACUUUACAAAUGAUCAACCAGCUGUUUCUAUAGCCCAAAGCUCUAAAAUGCCAACCAUUUUCGGAUGUUUAACUUGUUUCUGGGUGCUGUACUUAACAUUUUUUCCACUUAAUAUUCUUUUGCUAGUAUUUAGAAAAGCUGGGGCAGCAACAAGUGUACAGGCAAGUGCAUUUUAAAAAUGUAAGUAGUUGUAGUGAUGAUUAUUUUCUAUUAAAGUACAUAGUAUUUAAAAUGAUGAUUUACAAUGAUGAUGUUAAAGCUGUUUACAGGAAGAAGAUAAUGUUCAAAGCUUGGAAAUGGCUGACAUAGUGGGAAACAUUGGCCUUUUCAAUAAAUGGAAAAUCUGAAGGCAGUUUUUCUGCACCUAAAAAAAGGCAUGACUGCAGGCUUAUUGUCUGUGAAACGGAAGGAGUCUGGUACUAGAGACCAAAAGCAGGGUCCCCCUGUAUAAAUGACACAGCAGCAGAUACCAAGCAAUAAAAAUAUCAUUGAGGAAUGGAAGAGUUUUA